UUGAAAAUACCCUCAGAAGUCUCGGAUAUCCUAACGAUUACCCAAAUAAUACAGAUUGUAUUUCUUCGGUUCCUAUUCCACAAGACAUGGUGAUUAAUAUUACCAUUAAUGAACUUUACCUGGAGGAUAGUAUAUCUUGCGACCGAGAUUAUUUACAGAUUACCAAUGAGAAGAAUCGGGUGUUUGGCAAGUACUGUGGUCACAUGACUGGAAAGACAGUUCUUGUAUCUGGAAAAUACGCGUUGAUAGAAUUCCACUCAGACAGCAAUAAUCAAAACAGAGGAUUUCUAAUGGAGUUCUCAGCUGUUGUGCCACCCUGUAAGAAAUGAUAAUUGAUAUGGAUAUUGAUGCUUUUAUGAUUGAGAUAAUAACUUUAAGAAGAGAGAUAUUUAUUGAACAAUUAUAAAACCAGACCUAUUAAAGGGAGUAGACGUGUAUCUGAAAGAGAGACUGCUGGGGACGAUAGAAGUACGUUGAUAUCGAGAAUCAAUCAAUACAAUGAACAACGAUCGCAGGAUAUCUAUAGACAUAGAAAUUUGACUAUAAAAUGUUUAAAC